AAAAAUGGAAUGCCAUGUGAUUCACUUAGGAAUUGAAACAAGAGAUCAGCUUCUUCUCUACCUUUUUUAAGUAAAUUAAUCUCGUUUCAGUGGGCUUGAGUUGCAACGAGACGCCAGUAGCUUUGCUGCUGGUUUGGGUCGGGAUAUUCGCGAGGCUACACCUAGUCUGGAUGGUGCUAAAGCGCCAGGGGUGAACAUCUUUGUAGGUGAUGACUUCGGUGGCAUGGAUGACGGCGGAGCGCUUUUCCAUGACGUAGGACAUGGCGAAGGUAGUCUGGAUGUCCAAGACGAUCUACAGCUGGGGGCCGCCGCUAAUAAUCUUGGUGGAGUUGCAGAACAGCAGGAAAGCUUUGCACUAGAGCCACUAGAAGCAAGCGCUCUUGACCGCCAACAAGAACGUAGGAGAAGGAAGCGACGACUUAUCAUCGAUGACCAAAAGAAUAUUGGAGGUGACGAAAUGAAAUCAAACAUGGCGGAUUAUUCGGAUACUCUGCAGUCGUUAGAUCUUGCACCACCGACACGUCGGCUCAUGCGCAUGAAGGAGUCUGGCAUUGUCGAGAAGCUUUUCCAUCUUCCAGGAUGUAUCUUUAUGAAAGCGAAACCACUGGUCCGAUUGUAUCAAUCCCAUCUUGUGAUGCGAGCCCGUGUAGAAGAAGUCUUGAAGGCCGAUGAAAUACGAAGGGAGAUGGACAUGUCAGAAACCAUUGACGAUGAGAUUCCUUAUGGAGCCGUAAGUUCUUGA